AUGGAAAAUUGGCCAUUCCAUUCUUUUCCACGAUAUCCUUCUGGUCAGGAAAGUCCGCUCGCCACUGAGGAUGGCGGGUGGGGGUCGGUGCUGGCGACGGCGGGCGGCGCGCGCAGCACCGACGCAGGCACUGCCACCACCGCCGCCGCCGACAGCCCCACGCUGCGCGCGGCGCUCGCCCUCUUGCUGUGCGCGGCGGCGCAGACCCAGCAGCAGCAG